CAAGCGGAAGUGGGCUGUGAACUGCGCGCGCGUGCUUUGCCAACCAUGGCUGCUGCGGAGCAGCCUUUGGAGUUCCAUGCUAAGCGGCCCCGACCGCGGGACGAGGUGUUUGAAGAUGAAGACGAUGAAGACGAGGAAGACAGCGGUCAGGCUAAGAAUGGGUUCUCCCUGGAGGAAGUGCUACGGCUCGGAGGCACCAAGCAAGAUUACCUUAUGCUGGCUACUUUGGAUGAGAAUGAGGAAGUGGUGGAUGGAGGCAAGAAAGGAACAAAUACCAGCAUUCAGGCUUUGAUGCUGCUUUUCCAAGUAAUGAAUUCUCAGCAGACGAUAUCGGAUCGGUAUUAUACAGCAUUGUACAGAAAGAUCUUGGAUCCAGGGUUGAUGACGUGUUCCAAGCAAGCUAUGUUUCUUAACCUUGUGUACAAAUCUCUGAAAGCUGACAUAGUCCUGCGCCGGGUGAAAGCUUUUGUGAAGAGGUUGCUGCAAGUUACUUGUACACAGAUGCCCCCGUUCAUAUGUGGAGCUCUGUAUCUUGUGUCUGAGAUCCUUAAAGCAAAACCAGAUUUAAGAAGUCAACUAGAUGAUCACAUGGAGUCUGAUGACGAAAAAUUUGUUGACAUAGAUGAUGAUGAUGGCAUAGAAAACUUGACCAGUGCAGACAAAGCAACAGAAGUAGAUAGAGUGAAAAAAGCUGAGACAGAGGAAACUCUGUCUGACACAGAAACCAAAAGCCCAAAGACAGCUUCCUGGGUACACUUGGAUAAUUUCAAAGGUGUCAAAAAGUUAAAUGCUUACGAUCCAUUCAGUAGAAAUCCUCUGUUCUGUGGAGCUGAAAAUACAAGUCUUUGGGAACUCAAAAAGUUAUCUGAGCAUUUUCAUCCCUCUGUAGCCCUUUUUGCAAAGACUAUCCUUCAGGGAAAUUAUAUUCAGUAUUCGGGGGACCCACUGCAGGAUUUCACUCUAAUGAGAUUUUUGGAUCGGUUUGUAUACCGAAAUCCAAAGCCACAUAAAGGCAAAGAAAAUACAGACAGUGUUGUGAUGCAGCCAAAACGGAAACAUUUCAUAAAGGACAUUCGUAGUCUUCCUGUGAACAGCAAGGAGUUCCUUGCAAAAGAAGAAAGCCAAAUACCAGUGGAUGAGGUGUUUUUCCAUAGGUAUUAUAAAAAAGUUGCUGUUGUAAAAGAGAAACAAAAGCGAAAUGCAGAUGAAGAAAGUAUAGAAGAUGUGGAUGAUGAGGAAUUUGAAAAGAUGAUCGACACAUUUGAAGAUGAUAACUGUUACACUCCUGCAAACGAUGACCUUGAUUUUGUAAGCAAUAUGAAAAAGAAAACAAAAAGAAAUAAGGAUAACUUGGAAGAUGAAGAUUCAGAGGGUAGUGACGAUGAAUUUGGUAACUUAGAUGAUGAAGAAGUUUCUUUAGGAAGUAUGAAUGAAGAAUUUGAUGAAAUUGAUGAAGAUGGAGGAACAUUCAUGGAUGUAGCUGAUGAUGAAAGUGAGGGCCUUCCAGAACUUGAUGAAGUCAACUUCAAAGACAAUACUAAGAAAAAUAAAAAAAGAGGUGCGGGUGAUUUUGACUUCGCUGGCUCAUUUCAAGGUCCAAGAAAGAAAAAGAAACAAGACCUCGGUGACUCCAGCCUGUUUGUGUCUGCUGAAGAGUUCGGCCAUCUGUUGGAUGAAAAUAUGGGAUCCAAAUUUGAUAGCAUUGGCAUGAAUGCCAUGGCUAACAGGGAUGAUGCAAGUCUCAAGCAGCUCAGGUGGGAGGCCGAGCGGGAUGACUGGCUACACAACAGAGAUGUGAGAAGUAUCAUCAAGAGAAAGAAAAAUUUCAAAAAGAAAAGGCUAAAAAACACUCAAAAAGCUAAAAAACAAAGGAAACGAGAGUUAUUAAAGUAA